GCAGUUGUUUUUGCCUAUUGUAUUACAGGGAUUAUACAAAGAAAAGAACGGAUCAUGUGAUGAAUACAACACUGUAUCCCCUUCACUUUAAAUCUGACAUUCUUAUUGGUUAAAGCUCUUCAGAGAGUUCUUGUGAUUGGUCGUCUGCUUCUUCAUUGACAAACAUUACUUCCUGCCCACGCGAAGACGAUCAACAGUAGAAAAGUUUAGCGUUUUUAACCCUACAUCUGUAGCACCCAUGCUGCUGACGUCACAGGACUCAAAAUGAUACUUUGUAUCCGCAGCGCGUUCCUCGCUCUUUUAUUUGUUACAAUGUUGCAGUCUGUCUGCAGUGACUUUCACACUCUGGCGCAUCUGAGAGCGAAAGUUAGCGAUAAAACUCAGUCCAGAACUGUGGUGGACCUACUCAAACGACUGCUGGGAAACAGAUCUCGGGAUUUUAUCGUGUCAGUCAACAGGACUUUGUCCAACGACAGUUUAGACGUGUGCGAGCUGCGAUCCGCGAAAAACAAUAAGAUCUUGGCAGUGGGCAGCACGGGGGUGGCAGUGGCCACCGGUAUAUACAACUAUCUGAAAUACUUUUGCAACUGUCACGUGUCCUGGUCCGGAGAUCAGUUAAAUAUCCCCCGACCUCUGCCCCCUUUCACCGGCGUCCUGCGAAUCAACACACCGCACAGGUUCAGGUACUAUCAGAAUGUGUGCACUCAGAGUUACUCCACUGUAUGGUGGGACUGGCAGAGAUGGCAAAGAGAGAUCGAUUGGAUGGCGCUGAAUGGCAUAAACCUGCCUCUGGCUUUCACUGGGCAGGAGGCGCUAUGGCAAGAGGUGUAUCUGUCUCUUGGUUUUAACCAGACUGAGAUCGAUCGCUUCUUCACAGGUCCAGCUUUUCUAGCAUGGAACCGUAUGGGAAACCUCUUUCAGUGGGGUGGACCACUUCCCCAGUCUUGGCAUGUUAAACAGCUCUAUCUGCAGUUUAAAAUCUUGGACAGGAUGAGAGCUUUUGGAAUGUUACCUGUAUUGCCCGCUUUUUCAGGAAUUGUUCCUGAAGGUAUUACCAGGUUGUUUCCCAAAGCAAAUGUGACCAAGCUAAGCCCCUGGAGCCAUUUUAACUGCACCUACUCCUGCGCUUAUGUGCUGGACCCACGAGACCCGCUCUUCCAGCGAAUCGGAGCACUCUUCCUGUCCCAGGUCAUUAAGGAGUUUGGAACAGACCACAUUUACAACACAGACACCUUCAAUGAGAUGAGCCCUGCCUCCUCUGACCCCACUUACUUGGCAUCUAUUAGUCGUGCGGUUUUCAGUACUAUGACUUCAGUGGAUCCUCAAGCAAUUUGGCUGAUGCAGGGUUGGCUCUUUAUCAGUAACCCUUUAUUCUGGAGACCUGUCCAGGUCAAGGCCUUGUUACACGGUGUCCCCCUGGGGCGAAUGAUUGUCCUGGAUCUCUUCGCUGAAUCCAUGCCUGCUUACUCUUCAACUAACUCCUUCUACGGCCAGCCUUUUAUCUGGUGCAUGCUGCACAAUUUUGGGGGGAAUAGUGGCCUGUUUGGAAUGGUGGAUCGUAUUAACUCUGGCCCUUUUGACGCCCUCCGAUUCCCAAAUUCCACACUGGUCGGGUUGGGUUUAACUCCCGAGGGCAUCGAACAAAACCCGGUAGUUUAUGAACUCAUGAGUGAGCUGGCCUGGCGCAAAGAACCCGUCAACCUUUCCAAGUGGGUGUCGCUUUACGCCUUGCGUCGCUAUGGUAGCCUGGACGAGAACCUGGUGUUGGCGUGGCGACUUUUGUUUCAUAGCGUGUACAACUGCACUUUUCCGCAAUACAAGAACCACAACCGGAGUCCUCUGGUACAUCGGCCAUCGCUGCACAUGCAAACGGACAUUUGGUAUGAACCUGCUGACUUCUACAAGGCAUGGGAACUGCUGUUUGAGGCCGCGCCAGGGCUAGUCUCUUUGAAAACCUUCCAAUAUGAUCUUGUUGAUGUGACACGACAAGCGCUUCAGCUUCUCACAACAGAAUUCUACAAGGAAAUACGAGAUGCGUUCCAGGCCCAAAAGCUUCCUGAUCUCCUGACUGCCGGUGGCGUUCUUGUCUACGAUCUCUUACCUGAAUUGGACCGCCUCCUUUCCAGCAAUGACCACUUCCUUUUGGGGGCGUGGCUUGAGCAGGCACAAUCUCAGGCUAUGGAUGAACAUGAGGCGCAACUGUAUGAUAUGAACGCUCGAAAUCAGAUCACACUUUGGGGACCCGACGGCAACAUCCUGGACUACGCCAGCAAAGAGUGGGGCGGUCUAGUGGAAGACUAUUAUUUACAGCGUUGGGGUUUGUUUGUUAAUACGCUAGUGGAAUGUCUGGACAGAGGAAGACCAUUCAAACAGGACGUCUUCAACCAAGCUGUGUUUCAAGUCGAGAAAGGGUUUGUGUACAACCAGAGAAAAUAUCCAAUCAAGCCACUAGGGGACACGUAUGACAUUGUACGACGGAUCUUUCUCAAGUACUACCCAUACGCCAUGAAAAGGUUAAAGUGAAGUGACCACUAUGCAUUUGAUGCUCAGAAAUUAUUCACAAAGCAUACAGGAAUCAAAGUGAUACAUACAUAUGAUGGGAAACAGUCAAAACACCAGCUUCCAAUGUUUUCUUUAUAAAGAUGAGUGGCUAUUCAUGCUGUUUAAAUGAUUAGGACAAGAAAAUGAAGGCCUGUCCAGGAAAUGGAGGAGGAUGCAAUUUUUUCUUUCAUGUCAACUACUUUGAAAGACUUUUUAUGACCUUCUGAGAAGUAUUCAGUGUCUCCUAGACCUGAUAAGACAUUUCUGAAUGCAUUAUGUAUCAGUAUUUCACAUUAUUCAUCCAUAUCGCCACCUGUUGUGCAGGGAGGAGAAUUAUAGUAAAAAAGUACUUAAAUAUUGAUCCGUUUCUCACCCACUCCUAUCAUAUCGCAUCUGAAGACAUGGAUUAAACCACUGGAGUCUUAUGGAUUACUUUUAUGCUGACUUUAUAUGCUUUUGGUGCUUCAAAAUUCUUAUCACCAUUCACUUGCAUUGUAUGGACUUACAGAGCUGAAAUAUUCUUCUAAAAAAAAUUUGUAUUCAACAGAAGAAAGUAAGUCAUACACAUCUGGGAUGGCAUGAGGGUGAGUAAAUGAUGAGAGAAUUUUCAUUUUUGGGUGAACAAACCCUUUAAGUGUUUACAAUGGGACAGCACACUUGCAACAUAUUGGCCAAGCAUUUGCGUUUGUGUUUGCUUACUUGUGUAAAGUAUGUUUUUGGCUAAAGCUUUACCAAUGUGCAGUACAGGAAAUUUUACUGCCAGAGUUUCUACUGUCAUUUCAGGUUUUUUGUACUGUAUGUACUGAUUUUAUUGUGCCACCCCUAACAGUGUCCUGUAGACGCUACAUGAAGGCAUUGUUAUGAUUUUGUUAUUUUGUUAUAUUAAAAGACACUGGGCCAUUCCCCCUGCCUUGGCCUGCCAGACAAAACACUGCAACAUAUAUAUAUAAAAAAAAAUUUUUUUUUGGUUUGUGUGGAAAAAGUAGUUUGGAUUUUAGGAAGCAAAAUACAUUAAAGAUUAAAGGAAUUAAACCAGUAACUUCACAAUCAUACCAAAAAGUUCCGUAUAUCAAUUAAUCCAUAUAAAUUAUACACCUGGAUUUUCUUGUAGAUUUAUCCUAAUGCUGUUUUUUUUUUUACUUGUUUUUUUAAUUUUUUUAUUGACAACCUAAAUAAAGUGCAGGUUGACCUACCUCUGAAUUCAAUUAAAUAUAUUUUAAGUGUACAAUAUUUUGACACAAUAAUUGAUUAGUCUACCCCAGGUAAAUAAUUUCCUUUCUUUUUUUUUUUUCUUUUUUUCUUUCUUUUUUUGUACAGCAGAAAAUGGUACAACUAACCAUAUUAUAGCAUCAGAAUAGACGUAGUUGAACAUUCCGAAUACUAUUUAUUUUUAGGUUAGUUUCAGAAUAUGGAUCUUAUUUAGACAGAAAAUCUGUAUUCAACAGCCUGUAAUUUUUGUGUUGAUUCUUAUUAAGUUCUUUGUUAACCAACAUAAACAAAAUCAUAUUAGACACUUUAUAUAUUAGAAAUUGUUGAAAGUGAAAAGCUAUUUUUGUAUUUUGUCAAAUAAAAGCCAUACUUUUCAUAAUAUUUUUGCUAGUCUUUUACAUUUAUACACUUAAACAGCCUUCAUUUUAUCAGGGUUCAGAAUAAAGUAUGAAUGUUUUGAGUAUGAUUGUCUUUGUGAUACUGUGAAGGACCUUGUUGGAGAACGAUCUCUGUCAUUGGCUUUACAUGGGGAGCAUGAAUGGUGUGUAUUUAUAUAAACUAGAUGAGCACACACAUUAUUCUCUGCUUUGUUAGUGCUGUUUGACGGACAGCACAAGACAUUGUGUGUUCCUAACUAGCUGAAUAGGUGAAUAGGCUCUUUAGAGCCGUGAUGGUCUCUCAUUUAUACAGGAGGACACAGAAGUGUUCAAAGUUUUGCUGACAAGGUUGUCCUUACAGUGAGUACUUAUUGAAAAUGACUCUUUUUUCAAAGUAAAAAGACUCUUAAGGUGAAGUUGGGAUUUGUGUGAACUAUUGUGAAAGUGUACAAAAGAUUUCUGUGAAAGAAUAUGAUCCCAAGGAGAACUUGAGCUGAAAAGCGUUUAAAAUCAUUUUAUACAAUACACUGCAGAUGUUACAGACAAAUUUCCGAUACAUACCUAUUUUAGAUUUUACCAUGUACACAAGAUAUAAGAAUAUCAACAUUGUGGAGAAUUUCAGUAGAUUAUACAUGACCAAUAUAAAUGUAUUUUCUGAAAUUUGAAACACAUAUCAGCAACAUUAACACAUUUCAUCACUUUUGUUGGAUAUACAGUGGGAUGCGGUCGAAAAGUAUGAGCCCACUAGUGGAAAAUGCUUCUAUUUUGCAUCUUUGUAAUUUAAUAAAAAAACAUUUUCAUUAAACAUUUAAAAGUGGAAUAGAAAAAUUUACAUGAGAAUUUCUUAGUAUUUGUAUUGCCCACAUUUUGCUUUAA